UUUCUUAGUUUGUGUCCAUACACCCAGACUCGCUGCAGGCCACUCGUGUUUAGUAAGUUAUAUAAACAGAUCUGGGUUCAAAAUAUAAAUGUGAAGUGUGUUCUAUUUUCAAUUGAAUAUAUAUACAGUGCGAAAAAUUAAAUGAAAAGUUUGUAAAUAUCUACAAUAAAAUUGGAGAUAUGUUAGCAGGAAUGUCUAUCAACAAAGAAUAUGUACCGGUGGCCGAUUUCUACGCGGGCAGGUCUGUGUUCCUCACCGGGGUCAGUGGAUUUCUCGGGAAGGUAAUAUUGGAGAAAUUGCUGUACAGCUGUAAACAUAUAAACAAUGUAUAUGUCAUGAUACGGGAAAAGAAAGGUGUAAGCGCCGAAGAAAGAUUCCGAGAUAUUAUUAAUCUACCCGUAUUCACAAAGCUAAAAGAAGAAAGACCGGAAGACCUAAAUAAAAUUAUACCCGUAACUGGCGAUCUAUUGGCACCGAAUUUGGGGAUUGAGAAAUCUGUAGAAGAAUCAUUCGUGAACAAGGUAUCAGUUGUGUUACAUUCAGCAGCGACAAUCAAAUACAAUCAGCAAUUAGACGAAGCUUUGAACAACAACUUGGAAGGGACAAGGCGAGUACUGGAACUCUGUCAAAGAAUGCCUCGAAUAAGAUCCUUCGUCCACGUUUCGACGGCGUAUUCAAAUAUGGAUAGAGAAGUGAUCGACGAGGUCGUUUACCCCGCGCCAGCAGCUCUCAGAGAUGUCUACACGUCCAUCAAACGGCACGGAGUUACUGACGAGAAAUUGAUCAAGAAAAUACUCAAUGGGAAACCCAACACGUAUGUGUUUUCUAAAGCCCUAGCCGAGAAUAUGCUAGUGGACCAACAUGGUGACAUACCCACCACCAUAGUCAGACCAUCCACAGUGGCCGCAGCAAUGAGCGACCCGCUGCCUGGCUGGGUGGACAACUGGUUCGCAGCCACUGGCAUCUUCCACGUCACCGGGAGUGGCAACAACAGAGUUAUCUUCGGACGCAAGUCUAACGUCUUGGACAUCAUUCCAGUUGAUUAUGUUUCCAAUCUCAUUAUUGUGGCCGCUGCUAGGAAGACACAGUCUAAAGAUAUCCCCGUAUUUAAUAGCUGCAGCAGUUCUUGUAAUCCAGUUAAUUUUGGUGAAAUAUUUAUGUAUUUAAAAGAGUACUACGUAACCAAUAAAUACCAUGACGCUUACCCCAUGCUAUUAUUCUCGCGAAAUAAAUGGAUCGUGAACUUUCUUACUUUCUUAUUACAAAUGUUGCCCGCUAAGGUGGCUGAUGUGUAUGUAAGAACAAAGGGACAAAAACCAAGGUAUGCAAAAUUGCAAUCGAAAGUCGUCCAGAUGCGGGAUCUUCAUAAAAGUUUUACAGAAGGUUCAUGGGUUAUCAAAAGCGACGGUACGAGGUCUCUGUACUCCUCUUUGAGUCCUGCAGACAAACAGAAUUUCCCAUUCGAUCCGACGCUCAUCAACUGGCAGAAAUUCACCACAACUUAUUGUCAUGGUAUUCGAAGAUUUUUGUUGAGAAAAUAAAAAAUAUUUGCAUU